CCGGGUGCUGGGUGUGUUAUUGACUACGGGCCUUCGGGAGAUCCCCGUGGGCCUUUGUAGAUCCUUGACACCCGAUUAGCUCCCGCUGAUGAUGUACUUCUUCUCUCUGGUGGGCGGGCGCUAACCCACACACUCCGCAUGCGUACAUUCCCCGCCAUUCUGAUGGCCCACACGGAAACAGUGAUCAGCAAGCACCCUUGUGAUGGGGCGAGGCAUUGUCAUCCUCGUCAAUGGCCUUCGAACCUUGUCUACACCUGAGCGAUUUACAAUGUUUUGGUUCUCCAAGACCGACAAAGUGGUUCGGUUUGCUCCGGGAGAUCCAUGCGUUGGGCGAUAUUAUUGAGUGUUAUUCGAUCAGACGCAGAGUGGAGGACCUUUUCUUCCCUCAUCAAGGGUUCCUUCUGACGUUCUUAUGAUCCGCUGACUGUGGAUGCGGUGCCGAUAAAAGCCUAGGCAGAAAGUCCCCGGGACCUCCGCUCCUCAGCAUUGAGCUCAGUCCUAUGUUGAUCAUACUGAACCCUCACGAGCAACAGCACUUAUCCUACACUAUGGCAACCUCAUUUCAAUCUCACGUUCACCACUCAUUCGACCCACCCGCAGACUCCUUCGCGUACGGGGGCAGAAAGGACCCAGGUCUGGCAGGCACCUGGGAGAAUGCCUCCUGGUACUCGACGUCCUCAUCCUCUGGUGCAUGGUCGGGAACCACUGCUUUGACAGAUCUUGUGCACUCCGUGCAGCCCUUCAACAAUACUGGCAUUGUCAAUCCAAGCAUUAUCGGGGCCAACCAUGAAAGACUCCUUGAAUGGAUACGCUCAGAGCGCAUGCGAAAGCUGCCUCCGGUGGGGAGUAGCUAUGACAAGGUCCUGAUCUGCGCAAGACUCUUUGUAGAGCGCCUACAUUCUUUUGACCGUGCGAUCCGCCACUUUGCGCAGGAGAGUCAUAUGGCGACACAGCUUGCUUAUAGCUACUGUGCUAGUCUCCUUGAGUUUGGAGAAGAGAAUGCCGACGCACUCCUAGACUUGUUCAACUUCUUCUAUCGGUGUUCUGUCGCCAUGGACAAUCUGCUAAGCCGAGCCGAACUAUUUGCCGUGUCGCAAACCAUUAGGGAUCAAGUGGUCCUUGCCCUAGCAGACCUUGUCACUCUUGUCGUUGGCAUUGCGACACAUUUCCGUAAGCGUAAGCCCGUUCCUGUUUGGGAUGGAGGACUUUCGUACAAUCACUGGUCCGUGGCUGGAGGCGCAUCCAAGUCUGUGAGAAGAAUGAGUGCAAUUUCAAGGCCAUUCACUCUAUAGGCGAAGACUUGGAGGAUUUUCUCCCCGCGUUUUGGUGAUAUGCAUAUCACUUAUUAUCUAUGUUUGUACACAAUUUAUGGAAUAGAGAAUUCAAUCCACAG